CCAAAGACAAAAUGGUGUACAUACUGUAAAAGUAUUAAAAUCGUUUUAAUUUUUAUCUAACCGCUGAGUUUCUGUUAUUGUUGCAAAAAUGAUUCAUUUUAAAGACAAUAAAAAUAAGUCUGCUUUGAGUACAAGAUGGGCUCAAAUGUCGAAACAAGAACAAAUCAUCGAAAAAAAGAAAAUGGAAAUUCAAGCCAAGCUGGAGGCUCAGAAGCAAGCUGCAGCUUUGGCGGCUCAGGCUAAACUAUCUAAUCCCACAACAUCUGAUGAAAAAGGUUCACCUAACAUUUUCUCAAAUGAUGGAAGUUUCAUGAGUCAGUAUAAAGCUCUCCUUGAAAAACAAAAUAAAGAAAAACAAGAGAAGGAGGCUAAAGAAAAAAAAGAAAAUGAGGAAAGUCAAAGGAAUAGUAAUGAAAUUCAAGAAGAAUCUGAUACAAAUCCAGUACAAGAAGAAAAUGAGUCCUUUGAAUCCCAAACUCAUAACACAAAUGAAAGAAGGUUAGAGAGAGGAUCCAGGGAAAAACAUAGGCGAUGGAAUGAUAGAGGAAGAAAUCGAGGUCACAGUCCAAUGACACCAGUUGUAGAAGAUAGAAAAAAAGCAAUUGACACAGUGAAUAUCCCAUCCUUAAUGCAACUCACUGUUCGACCUCCUGAUGAUCAAUCUCCACCUUCUAAUGCUCAUAAUAACCACUGGGGUCCUCGUGAUGAUAGUCAGCAAGAAAAUUCUCUGGAUCAAAACCCAGAUUCAAUGGGAUCGGGACCAAUGUCUGCGCCAGGUCAGAUGGGACCAGGACCUAUAGGCUUUGGCCCUAUGGGUCAUGAUCAAAUGAACUCUGGUCCUGUGGGCCCUGGACCAUUAAUUCCUAAUUCAAUGGGUCCUGGUCCUAUUGGUCCGAGUUCUAUAGGUCCGGGCCCUAUAGGUCCGGGUCCUAUGGGUCCGGGUCCCAUAGGACCUGGUCCCAUAGGACCUGGUCCUUUAGGCCCGGGGUCGAUAGGACCCGGACCGAUGGGACCCGGACCGAUGGGACCCAGACCGAUGGGACCCGGACCGAUGGGCCCUGGACCAAUGGGUCCUGGACCGAUGGGACCGGGACCGAUGGGACCGGGACCGAUGGGGCCGGGACCAAUGGGGCCUGGGCCUAUGGUACCUGGUCAAAUGGGCCCAAAUAUGUCAUCUGCGCCUAAUAUGGGUAAUGGAUCUAAUUCAGGACCUAAUGGGGGUCCCAUGAUGGGGCCUAGAGGACCUAAUAUGCCACCAAUUCCUCCAUUCAUAGGUGGUCCACCCAAUUUCGGUAUGCCUCCAAAUUUUAUGGGUCCAAAUGGCCCCGGCGGUCCUUGUGGACCGGGUCCUAUGCCGCCUAAUAUGUGUCGUCCUAAUAUGCGUGGUCCGGGACCGAAUGGUCCAAUGCCUCCAUUUUUUCCAUUUCCUAACACGCAAAUGUUAGGACCUAACGGACCGCCUAACUCGAUGAUGCCACCAAAUUCAAUGAACUCACCAUUUGGGCCUAAUGGUCCUAAUGGUCCUAAUUUCGGUCCACAACCUCCGUUUGGGCCUAAUGGUCCAAACUUUAGCCCUAAUAAUAACGGACCACCAAUGGGCCCUCCUAAUAUGCACUUCAUGGCACCAAAUUCUCUACCCCCCAAUACGAUGUCUGAACCAAAACCUUUAGAUAACAUACCUCCACCUGAACCUAUGAAACUUCAAAACAUUCCGCCCCCAAUGCCAUUGCCUCUUAACCACAUCCCGAAACCAAAUGACGUCGAACUAGGAAACAUGUCGGCGCCACCACCCGCUCUGCAAGUUCUCUCUGCAGAUUCGUUCCCGCCUUCAGUACAACGCGCCGCUGCAGAAGUAGCAACCAACGGCGACCGAUGGGAAAAUGUCCUGAAAGCAAUACACUCACAAGAUCAAAAUAUGUGGUUUCUUCAUAAUACGAACUCGAAUGAAUAUAAGGCGUAUAGGGAUCUCGUGCACAAGAUACGCAAUGCAAACCAAGAACGGAAACCUGAAAUCAAGCCUGAAGACAAGUAUGAGCCUGAAUUUUCUUUAGAAGACGACGACAGUAACGAUGCUAAAAUAAUAAAAGAAGAAAGUAAAGACAAGUAUGUUAUUUUAAUAAAUUGUAACACAUAUCGUCGACAUACUAGUUCUCAAAGCGACGAUGAUUCUGACAUUAAGAGAGAGCGCCGGAAGAGGAAGAAGUCACGUUGGGGAGAUAACCCUCCUGUUGAUAUAAUCCCAACGGGAAUUGUUGCACCGCUACCUAACACUAUUCCAGGAAAUAAGUUAUCUAAAAUUGACGAGGAAGGCUUGAAGCUUACGAAUGUAAACCGAAAUAAUCAAGCAUUAAUGCAAUAUGCAAUGACCAACUAUGGCACUACUAACUUAAGUGCAGAGGAUUGGAAAAAAUGCGAAGAUAAUUUCAAACUGAAUUUAUUAUACCAGGAUAUGUUAAAGAAGAGACAGGAAGUGGAACGCUUAGCGGCUGCCGGAAAACAUAAAUAUGAGUAUGACAGUGAUGAAGAUACAUCAGAGGGAACCUGGGAACAUAAAUUGCGUGCAAAAGAAAUGAAUGCUACAGAGAAAUGGGCGACAGAACUUACAAAGCAAGCUGCGGGUAAACAUCACAUUGGAGACUUUCUUCCACCUGAAGAGCUAAAGAAAUUCAUGGAAAAAUAUUCAGCAAUAAAAAGUGGCAAGGAGCCAGACUUGAGUGAUUACAAGGAGUACAAACUAAAAGAGGAUAACGUUGGCUUCAAAAUGCUACAGAAGCUCGGUUGGAAUGAGGGUGAAGGUCUCGGCGCCGAAGGGACUGGUAUCGUUGAACCAAUAAAUAAGGCUAAUCAACCUGUAGCUAAUUUAGGAUUAGGCGCGUCAACAUCAGAUAAUGUUUGUCCCGAUGACGACGAAUUCGACGCUUACAGAAAGCGAAUGAUGCUCGCUUACCGCUUCAGACCGAAUCCCUUGAACAAUCCUCGCCGACCAUACUAUUAAGGAAGAAAAAUAUUUAUAGUACCAAGAAAAAUAUAAGUACAUUCAAAAAUAUUGAAUUUAUUAUUAUACACCAUAUUCAUACAAUAUUAUAAUAAUAUAUACAUACAAGAUUCAAGAUGUUACACGACUUUUAGUAUACUUAUUUUGACGAAAAUCUUGUAAUGUCCCUACCACUUUCUAUUAAAUUGUUUUAGUAAUUAGUUAGUGCAAAAUAGUUCAACAGAAGUUGCCAUUUCGAGUUAAAUUUGCACAUCAUGGAUGAAGCAGAAAAUGGUAGUUAUGCAUGUUCUAUGUUGCAGCGUAAUUAAUUAUUAAUUUCCAAUUUCUUUAUAAAUAGUUUGUUUUGUAACGGAAUAGUUAAAUAAUUUAUUUUAAUUAAAUUUCACACUAUCAUGGGUAUACUUAAAAUGAGUUAGUUUUUUUUAUUUCAUUCAUGUUAAAAAAAAUUCUUUAGUUUUCAAUAACGAAUAAGGCCGAGGCCCUUGCCGACUUUUGAGAAACUUCUAGGCUUAUACAGUAUAUAUAUUUAUUAAUAAACUGUAAAAAGUAGCAUAUGUGCUAUUCUUGAUCUCCAGCUAUCCACGUACAAAUUGUCAUUAAAACUCUGAACGCCAUGGGGGUCACCAAUUGGGCCGCACUUAUGUAGCCGAUAGAGCCAGCUUAAAAUCGCUUAUUUACAAAAUUCUAAUAAUAUUUUUAUUGCACUACCAUACCCAUUCUUAAAGAACUUACUUAUUUUUCCUUACACUAUUUGACAUAUUUUUCUAAGUCAUAAUUCUUAAGUUGACUCUGGCUCACGAUCAUAUGAUGUCCCUACGGCACCAACGCAGCAAUUGUGUGUCCGUCAUCGUCCCCCAGGGCCGAAACAGAAAAACUAAAGAAUCAAGGCGGCGUUUAACGUCUUAAAAUCGAUCCAGUAGGUAGUUUUUGCGUGAAAGUUUAACAAACAUACAUACAUACCAACAUCCAUCCUCACAAACUUUCGCAUUUAUAAUAUUAAUAGGAUUGUUUGUGUUCAUUUCAAAUUUAAGGAACAAAGAAUACCAUGUAUUAAGUAUUCACUAAUAAUUCAACUUCAAUAGAUUGCUAUAUAAUAGGGACACGGUUCUGACGUAAUGUAGUAGAAUUGUGGUUCAAAAAGUUUAAUAUUACUUUCUUUGCGAGGUACUGUCCUAAUUAUACAUAUUAUCUCGAAAAAGUUAAAACGUUUAUGAUAUAAUGUAUUUUGAUGCGAAGAAUGCAUAUUUAUUUAUUAUUUUAUCAAAACCAACUAUCUUUAUUAGAGAUAAUAAAUUUUUGUUUAUAAAAAAAUCGGAUGAGAUCGCGCCACAGCCUGUUAUAAACUAGACUGGCCAUUUUCAUUUUUUUAAUAAAAUAAUAAAUGAAACCUAGAACAAACCCUUGUUAUAAACUUUUUUUGGAUGUAAGAUUUUUAUUACUAUAAAAAAAAUUGUUAGUCUUAAGAAAUAGAUCCAAAAUACAUAGUUAGGUAAUCUUGGAAUUAUACGUGACCUUCCCUUUUUGUAUGAUAUAUUAAAACCUUUAUUAAGAAGAACAGGUGUUGUUUAUUUUUGAAUAAAAAUAAGAAGUC